UCCAUGUAGUAGGCAGAGUAGGCUGGGGUAGUUACGUCAAAUUGGCCACGUGACACACUCAAUCGGUGAACAGAAACAUGGCGGCACUACGGCUUGCCGUGUCCUCAAGUGCCGGUAGGACUUUCCUCAACGCCAGGAACAUUGUUGGUGUGUCAAAGGCCAACAUGUCCUUCGGCACUCUGAGCAGAGGAAGGAAAGCAGCCCUCUCAACUCUCGGGGUGCUAGCUGCAGGAGGUGCUGGUCUGGGUCUGGCGCUUCAUCAGUCUGUCAAGGCGUCAGACUUGGAACUGCAUCCCCCAAAUUAUCCCUGGAGUCACAGCGGCUUGGUGUCUUCGCUUGACCAUGCCAGUGUUCGCAGAGGGUACCAAGUGUACAAGCAGGUGUGCUCUGCCUGCCAUAGCAUGGAGUACCUUGCUUUCCGUAACCUGGUUGGAGUGUCUCACACAGAGGCCGAGGUCAAAGUAUUGGCUGAGGAGAUUGAGGUCGUGGAUGGUCCUGACGACACCGGAGAGAUGUUCACCCGUCCCGGAAAGUUGUCUGACUAUUUCCCCAAACCAUAUCCCAACCCAGAGGCAGCACGCGUAGCCAAUAAUGGAGCUCUGCCUCCUGACCUCAGCUACAUUGUCAAUGCCAGGCAUGGUGGGGAAGACUAUGUGUUCGCUCUGCUAACGGGGUACUGUGAUCCCCCUGGUGGGGUGGAAGUAAGAGAGGGUCUCUACUACAACCCAUACUUCCCUGGACAGGCUAUUGGCAUGGCUCCCCCAAUAUACAAUGAAGUGCUAGAAUAUGAUGAUGGCACUCCAGCCACCAUGAGCCAGGUAGCAAAAGACGUGUGCACCUUCCUGCGCUGGGCUGCAGAGCCAGAGCACGACCAACGCAAGCGCAUGGGACUUAAGCUUCUGAUGGGCUCUGCUAUUCUCAUUCCAUUGGUUUAUUACAUGAAGAGGCACAGGUGGUCUGUGCUGAAGAGUAGGAAGAUCGCCUACAGACCUCCCAAAUAAAACAGAUUUUCCAUGUUAAACUGAACCCGAACUUUGAAAAUUAUGCACCCAGGAUGUCAAGUCCCUUGACCAACAUUGAUCAUACAGCCUGAAUGCCUUUGGUUUAUUUUUUUAUUACAGACAUAAACUGAUCAGAGGUAAUCAUACAUUUUCUAUUUAUUGUGCUUUCUUCAAGAAGGCAAGAAGUAUUUUUGCUGUCAGGUCGGAUGCAUAGGAACACACUGUACAACAACUGGCUGUCCUAAUAAACACAUGUUUCACCGUUUCCUUCAA